AUGGCAGCGCUUCCAGAACGAGAGUCGACAGCCACGAGCCCAAUGCAGUAUGCUGCUGCUGUGAAGAGGCAUGCGGAUGCUCGAAGAUGGGACGCGGCUUCCUGCCUCCUACACCAGAUGUGGUGCAACCAUUUCCUCGCAUCGAUCCAAACCACUGGUGCCGUUCUGAAUGCCUGCGGUAGGGCCAAGAAGUGGGAAGCAUGUCUGGACCUCUUUGACGAGAUUGGGCACCGCGGGCUCGUAACAGACAGGAGCUUCAGCAUCGUUAUCAAUGCCUGUGGCAAGGCCAGCAAGUGGCAACACGGCCUGGACUUGUUCAACAGAUUUGAGGGUGGUACAGGCCGAGGCCGGGUGGUUGUGCACAACGCAGCAAUCAGCUGCUGCGAACGGGGGCAGCAGUGGGAGCAAGCCUUGGUAGUGCUGGCACGGCUGGGCCGGCAGAAGGAAGCAGAUGUUAUCAGCUACAGCGCAGCAAUGAGUGCUUGCGUGCGGUGCGAGGUUUGGCAGUAUGCGCUAGCUUUGCUGGGGGAGCUUGGCCAGCAGAGACUGCAAGCAGACUUGAUCAUUCAGAAUACAGCCAUCAGUGCAUGUGAGAAGGGCGACCAAUGGCAACAAGCCUUGGGUUUGCUUCUAGCACUCAAGAGUCGGAGCUUAAAGGCUGAUCUUGUUUCAUACAGCGCGGCCAUCAGCUCCUGCGCAAAGGGACAGUGGCAAAUAGCACUGUACUUUCUGGAUGAUGUCUUCGCGCAGGGCCUGCCUGUCGACAUCAUCAUCUACAGUGCCGCCAUUAGUGCUUGCGGCAGUGGUGAGCAGUGGGAGAUGGCAUUGUCACUAUUCAUGUGCUUGGCACAGCAACAUCUGGCCCCAAAUCGUGUGGCGUACAAUGCUGUCAUCAGCGCGUGUGAGACCAGUGCCCAGUGGCAACUGGCCCUGUUUCUUCUGGCAGAGAUGCUUCAGAAAGACAUGCCAUGUGAGUUGCAAGACUUCAACGUUGCGAUAAGUGCUUGUGAGAAAGCUUCGCAGUGGCAGGAGGGGCUGCCGUGGCAGCAUUCACUCUCUUUGUUAGUAGAUUUGCAGCAGCGCAGUUUCAGCCCGAAUGAGGUUACGUACAGUGCAGCGAUAAGCGCCUGUGAGAAGGGUGGGGAGUGGGAACAGGCCCUGGUGUUGUUGGCAGAUGUCUUCAGGACGGAACUGCAGCCUAACAGAAUAACUUACAGUGCUGCUGUAAGUGCCUGUGAGAAGGGCCGGAAAUGGCAGUUUGCAGUUUUGAUUUUCGGGCAACUGCUCGCGAGCCACUUGGGGGCAGACGAGAUUGCAUACCAUGCUGUGAUCAGCGCCUGUGAGAAGGGAGGUUGCUGGCAGCAUGCUAUUUUCCUGCUCUCAGAGCUGGGCUCUGGCAGUUUGGAGGUGGAUGUCAUCGCUCAAUCCACGGCUUUGCGGGCUUGCGAAGCUUGCGAAGUCGUGGAUCGGGUCGUGCAGAUCCAGGCUUUACUUUUGGAUAUCCAGGCAGCAAGCUUUCAGGGUCUCGUGGGAGUUGGGAACUGA